ACAACAUGGCGGACGAACCAAAAGAAUAAAAGGUUUUGUUUCAUAAAUUAUUUCUAGCCUAAAUCUCGAAGUAAAAGAUUCCUUAGAAGCCGUUCUGAAGAGCUUUACCAUGCCUGUCGUCCAAAGGAAGCGAGGGAAGGAGAAAGAACCUGAAAAGAUAGACCAAAAUGGCGUGGAAUCCAAAUCUGAAGAAAACAAAGAAAAGAAAGGUAAACCUGGUUCUUCUUCUAAGAAAGGAAUCAGUUCAGCGUCUAAAAUUUCAAAAGCAAAAGAUAUCGAAGGAGUCCAGAUCUUACCAAGAAUAGCCAUUGCUGUCGCAUUGAUUGCUGGGUUCGUUUGUGCGCGAGAUUUCUUUUUGGAGUGGUAUCUUGAAGAAUCAGGCGAAAGUACCUUCGCUAGUGUGAGUGAAACUAUCCCUCGACGAUACAUGGAUGUCAAGUGCUCUAACGACUAUGGAAAACAGUUCAAGGACUGCGUCCCUAAGAAAUGUGGACGUAUUGUGAUGGAUGGUGUUGUGAGCUUAGAAGAAGCUACGCAUUUGGUGAAGCUAGCGAAGAAAGGAAUGAAACAUGGGAAGCCUUCUGGAGGUCCGACCAUCCUUGAUCUUCACACGGGUGCAUUAACAUAUGAAGACAAGUUUGUUAAUAUUUAUACUAUAGCUAAAAAGCUAGGCAAAGGAGCAUUAUUCAAGAAGGAAGAUUUUGAUAUCUAUCGACAAGUGAAGAAUAAGGUCCACAAUACUAUUGCUAGAGAGUUCAACAUUAAUAAGGAUAAACUCUACUUGACUAAACCAACUUUCUUCUCUCGCAUGAAAGCAAAGCCUGCCAAGACGAUACACGAUGAGUACUGGCACCAACAUGUAGAUAAGAAAACAUAUGGGUCAUUCUACUACACRUCGCUACUUUAUCUAUCAGAUUAUUCCAGGAAUUUCACUGGGGGGAGGUUUGUGUUUGUUGAUAAGGCUUCUAACCACACAGUUGAACCAAAGACAGGUAGACUGUCUUUCUUCACAUCUGGCUCAGAAAAUGUGCAUUUUGUAGAGAAAGUUACAAAAGGUACAAGGUUUGCUAUUACUAUAUCAUUCACCUGUGAAAAGAAGUUUGCUAUUGCCGAUCCAAGUUUAGAAAAUAAUAAUUCCUAGCAUAAGUAAGCAACAUUAUACAGUGGAGUCCCAUUUUCUCAAACCUCCCGGAGACCAAGAAAAGGGUAAGGGAAGCAUAUGUGGCRUAGUAGUAGUAAGAGUACUCACCUCUCCCCAAGAUUGGCAGGUUCUAUUUCCRGACUGAGUGUCGUAUUUAAGUGAAAUUGCUUAGUUCUCUCCUGGGCUUUGAGGACCUUAUUCUCCAGGUUUACCAGUUUUUCCUACUCUGCAAAAAUUAAUUUCUAACUUCGGAAUUCAUUCAUGGAAUGGGGUAGUCUUCUUGUUAGCCUUCAUUGAGGGACCAUGAGGAUCUAGGACCAAACUUAUGACGGCUGUGGAGGAGAAUAGAUAUAGAGAAUAGAGGGCCACAGGUGUGUUAGCUAAUGACUAUUAAGUACAUGUAGAUGUACUACCCUCACAAAACCAAAACAGGCUAAAAAGGAUGUGGCUGAAUAGAAAUGGAGGUGAUUUGUAAUAUUGCAAGUCCUAAAUGAGACACRGCCUCAAAUUAGAGAUAAGUGGUAUAAUAGUGGUAUUCAUGUACAUGACUCAUUAUAUUUUACCCUGGAUAUCUAAACCUUCCAAUUUUUUUUGGAUCCAAAGUUUGACAUUACAGGACUCCACUGCUUAAUAAAUCUUUUAAAGUGUAUAUGACACGAAAAAAUUUUAAUGUUAAGAAUGUGUAGUUUAUUGGCAUUAAUAAGAAUAUC